GAGAGCGGAGGGGAUGGAGCGCAGGGAGGUGCUGGGAGGGACAGGGAUGGUCGGGGUGGUGCUGAGCUCUUGUCCAUGCAGCUACACAGGAGGAGGAAGGGAGAUUUUCCCUGAGAUUCCCAGUGCUAAUCCAAUAACAUUUGCCUUUGUUUUUGGGAAUGAAGGAAGGAGAAAAAGAAAAGGAGUGUGGGUGGGAAGACAGGAACGUGGCUGGAGCGUGGGGCAGGUGGGAAGGUCCAGAGCCUCUGGAGAUGUCCCCAGAAACCAAGCUGCCCUGCUGACCACCUCUUCCUCCACUUUGUUUUCCAGUGGCACAGAGCAGAGAGCUGAGUGAGUCCUUGCAGCCUCUUCUACCACCAAAGUCCCUUGAAUGGAACUGAUAGAAGACUGCAGAGUGCUGGGUUUCUGUGAUGGGUUGGGCCAUGUGAUCUUUGGGGCCUUGGGAUGUGUUGGGGUCAUGGGAGUUAUUGGGGUCGUGGGAUGUAAUGGGGUUAUAGGGUGUGUCAAUCCUGACUGAUCCAAGUGCAAAACUCUUCCCCAGUCCAUUCUUUCCUAAUAGUUUAAUUUCUUCUUGGGACCAAAGUGGUCACUGGCCACUUAGCAGAACAAAAAGAUUUAGGGGUCUGGGCAUGGGAGCAGCCAUGGGAUGAGAAGCUGUUCCCUCUGACCAUGCACUGCUCUUGCCUUUCUUUUCCAGCGGAACUAACUGCGAGAUUGGGUUUAAGUGCUGCAGAUCUCAUGAAACAAGUUGCAAAACUGGUGGAACAAACGGAAGCAGUGGAGAAAUGCAAUUCAGCGUUGAAGAAACACCAUGAAAAUACGGGUUUAAAUGCUGCAGAUCUCAAGAAAUUAGCUGCAAAACUGAGGAUACACUGUAUAUGGAUGGGUAGAUGGGAUGCAAAGUUGGAGACACUAUCUGCAAAACUGGUGGAUCAAACUGAAGCAUUGGAGGAGCGAACUAAAAUAUUGGGAGAAGAUAUUGAGGAAUUGGAGAAAGGGAAUACAACGUUGAAGGAACGCUGUGAAAAGAUGGAUAUUAGUGUUGCAAAACUGAAGAUACUAUCUGCAAAACUGAAGAAACAAACUGAAGAAUUGGAGAAAGGGAAUUCACUGUUGAAGAUACGGCAUAAAAAUAGGGAGAGAAGGGAUGCGAAGUUGGAAGAAAAAGUUGCAGAACCGGUGGAACAAACUGAAGACGAGAAGAAAGAGAAUUUACUGCUGGACAAACACUAUGAAGAGAUGGGUUUUGCUGCAGAUCUGAAGGAAAAAGUUGCAGAACAGAUGGAACAAACUGAAGAAUUGGAAGAAACAUCUGCAGAAUAGAAUUGAGAGAUGAACUGCACCUCGCAAUAACCACAGGAGUUACGCUUACUGCAGGAGCUGAUUGCACUGGAUACCAACACCGCCAUAACGGGAAGCCAGCAAGGAAAUCCACAACGGGAACAAGAGGAGGCAGAGUUUGCACUGAGUGAGAACACCUGCAUUGCACUGCUGGGACACAAAGCUGCCUGAGGGAACACCAAACUGAGGAUGCACCACCUCCAACUGCAAUCCAGUUGGAAGAAAGAAACCAUAAAGAGGAAGAAAACGGACAGAGACAGAGAUCCUGGAAAAGGGACGGACAUUUUGGGAAAUAGUGUGAUCGUGUGUCAGGCUUUGUGGAAAUCUAAUGAAUAUGUAACGCUUUUGUAAAUACAGGCAUGCACGCAGAAGCAAAGGUAGAAAACUGCUUUGGGUGUUAACCUCGUUCUCUGUCACGAUAUGAUAAAGAACAUCUAUAAACAACUGUAAA